AUGACGAUUUCAACUUCAAGCUCAACUUCAACACCUUUACCAAGCUUCAAUGGUCACCUUCAUGAUUCUUGGGAUUUACAUCAACUCAAAUUAAUCUCUUGGUUUAAAACUCAAAACAUAUCAGAUCAAGAUGAUCAACUUAAACUCGAUUACUUGAUCUUAUCACUUCAAUCCAAUUCAAACGCUCUCAAUUGGUUCUCACUUCAACCCAUCGAAUUAAAAUCAAAUUUCAUUCAAUCUUUAACUUUACUCAAAAACAAAUAUGGAAAUGAUCUUAGAAAAGAAAUCCUUAGAUUAUCAGCUUUGAAUUCUUUAGAAGUUCGGACUUUUAGGGAUCCUGAACAUAAAACUGAAAUGGUACAUCAACUUGUAGAUGAACUGGAUCAUUUGCUUUCAUUGGGUGCUGUACAUCAGGAUAAUGUUAAAAGAGAUUACUUAUUGAGGUGUUUUCGUGCCUUUGCCGGUGCAAUUAAACUCAUCAAUCGAUCGACUUCAUAUGAUGGUGCCGUCUUAGCUGCUCUCAAUUGGGAAGCCAGUGUCAUUUCAAAAGCUCAAGAGGCUAUGAUUCAAGCUUCAUUAGAUCCCAACGCCACUCACAAACAAAUCAAAUCACGCAGGAAUAAGCAUCAUUCUCAAAUCGAUUACCUUCUCCAAGCUCACGAACGACAUGGAGCAAUCAACUUGACAACUGAUGAUCAACCGAAAGUGUGA